CUGGUUAGUAAAUUUCAUACCUGGCAACCAGGUAUCACUCCGAACCCUGUCAUCACUAAAAAACUUUGUAAAUAACGUUCAUACCACCAAUUUAUUCGCUACUCAAAAGCAAAUUCCGAGUUCGAUCAAUUUGUAAGCGUCGCAGGCUAUUGACAGAUACGUUGAUGUUACAGGGACUUCAACAACCCUGGUUAACGUCGUCAUUUCAUAAAUUCCAUGGUAGUUAUAACGACCUUGUUAUCUGAUAUAACCUAUCAUUGGAUUGUAAUGUUUUAUAUCAAUUGUUAGGCGUUCUUAUACUGAAUUUGACAUGCUGAGUAUAUUUGUACUAUUUCGCAGACUGAAUGUGGAAGCAAGUCCAGAAAUCCAGAAAAACAUUGCUAUGGUGUGUCGCUCUCUUCACUGUUUCUAUGGUGAUUCUUGUAAACGUCACCAGUAAAUGUAGCUUACGGGCAAAUCUCACCUGGAUGAAAUAUCAAAUAUUUGGGAAACAGAGAUUGACCACAGAGAUGACGAUAAAAAUACACGAAAAUAUGACAAUCAUAACAGCAUUCUGGGACCUCGGGAGUUUUCGAAAAGGGAACGGGUCACUCGAAUACUCGGCCAUCGAUUACAUGGACUGGUCUUCUGUAUUUCAGAGGAUGGUCAACCCGCUGGUUGUGUACACCGAUUGUUUGAACUUUAAAAUGAUAAUGGAAAAAUAUCGAGAAAGUUUUCCAAAUAAAACCAAAGUCAUAAUUAUAGAACGGCGAAAAUUCUGGUCUUUCCAAAUCGUAAACAAUAUUAGUUCAGUGUUUGAACAGCCAGACUAUCCAAAUUUUUACCCUAAUACGGUACUUCCGGAAUAUUCUGCAUGUCAGCACACUAAGUUCGCCGUUGUUGCAGACGCCUUGAAGAGGGAUAUUUUUCGUACAGAGUUUUACGCAUGGCUAGAUAUUGGCUACUUUCGUGAUAUCGUCUGUGACGAGCAUUAUUUUCGACUAAAUCCACCGCCAUAUAUAGACAAAGGCCGACUCUGUAUGACCAAAAUUAAUGAAUUUAGUAGCAAUAUAUCUAUGGAGUCUAUAUUCAAAGAAAACGAGGUUUGGGUAGGAGGAGGCAUGUUAGUAGCGACCAAAAAUAUUUUUCUGAAGUUUGAAAAAUUAUAUAAAAGAUCUGUCGAAUUCUUCUUAAAUCUUAAAAUAAUGAACUCGGAUCAGCAAAUUAUCUAUGGAUUGUAUAGUAAAGCGGGCCGGAAACAUUUAAAACCGGAUGUGGAACUACAAUUAUUUUCUCCUGUUGAUUCGCAGAGAGUCGGUACAGAUAAUGUUUGGUUUUACUUAGGUUACCUUUGUCGUGAAUAUGUCUGAUGUUAUACAUUUAGUGAUCCAGUUCGAGGGCAAGUAGCUGCAGAACUGUAGCUCUCCGAAAAAAUAUAUUGACAAUCCUGUCUGUCAAUACAUUUUUCGGAGAGCUACAGUUCUGCAGCUAGAGGGCAAGAUUUGUUUCGUCGGACCCAAAAACCAAACUGUCUGACUAUACCGUUAGGACGGAGGCAGCAGACAGUUUGGUUCGAGGGACGACAAAAUGCAUUUUGCCCGAGAACAUAGCCAAUAAAUGUUUUGUUAUACCUUUCAUUUAAAUUUUUUUUACAUAUAUGUACAUGUAUUUUGUACUGUCUUUAGUGAUGUAAACGCAGGUUCCUCGCUGUUGAUUAACAACGUAUGAAAAUGAGAUUAAGCUCCGCCCAUUCUGUGACAUAAGCGGUCCAACAUCUCAUCGACCUGUCCAACAUCUCACUCAGCGGUCAAACAUCGAUUUUUUAUGCCCGCUCAGCAAAACAUUUGAAAUGUUAGACUUUUUUCGUAUACAUUUAUAUAGGAACAAUUUUUUAAAGGUAUAACAACUUAUUUUAUAUACUUUCAGGUAAAUUACUUGAAUCUGACUCGUCGAGAAACAUUUGUUUAAAAACAUUGUUAUACCUUUACACCCCGAAAUAGGAUUUUCGAGUUCGUUUGUUUGUUGUUGUUUUUUUCUAUUUUGGCUUGACAAGUUUUUUUUCAGGUAGGUUAAUUUUUCACUGCCCCCCCCCCUUUUCAAAAACGAUCGAUGCUAUAUAUGUCACUGCACCUAGCAUUUUUAUUCUAAAUACCCGGUAUAGUUUUAAAAUGUUAUGAAUUGUAACCAGAACUAGUUUAAUUUUAAUUAUCAGGAGAACUGUAAACCGAAUCCGCUUCCUUUUACUUU